GAAGCUGUGUCCCAUCAAAUACUAAAAAAAAAACCCCCCAAAAAAAACACAGAGAGGCAGCAGGUGAAACUGCUGACACUGGAGAAUCGUUGAGCGUGUACUCACUCCGUACCAGUAUUUCAUUACUUGUGCUCUUGAACCAGCAACAGCGGAGCCAUCUUCGCCCAUCAGUUGACUUAUCGGCAACAGCGCUGGUCAGAUCUGGCUCCUUCUCACCCAAUCCUUGUCAUCAAACACCCGCCUCUCCUCGCCGUCCCCACCUGCUCAUUGUUGGUGCUUCGGCCGGCUGGUUUUCUCUUUUUUACCUGCAAACGCUCCCCACGCCGCCACACACACCACCUUUUUCUCCUCUUCCUUCCUCCUUCAACACCCUCGCGGGAACACCAUCGCUGUCCUUUUCUGUCCGUCGCGCGGCUUCGCCGUGUUCAAUUCUAGCUCACGGACUCAUCCCAUCUCCGGCUCUCUCGCUCAGGUCUCUCAUACGAAUCAUCAGGUCUCCAAUCUCCAGCCGGUCUGAUCGGGCUCAGGUGUCUCCAAUUUUCCCCGAAACCCGCUGUCAGCAAAUAUCUCUUUCACCACUACCCAACCUGACAAAAUUGUCCAACCUGGCAUGGCCGUGGCCCAAUCCCAGCCAAUUCGUGUGUGAGGAUCUACUGGGAACAGUUGCGUGGGAUUUUCGACUCGAUUGACAACGAAAUACAUCGCCGUGUACCAAACGAGAGAUCCACCAGCUGCUCUCCCUAGGGUCAACGAACACCGACACAACACACCAAUACCAUACCAUACAGCCUCGCCCACCAUGGGGCAACCACUAACCGCCCUUGUCUGGGCUUUCUUUGGCAUCGUUGCUCUGCUACCCAGCCGCUCUCAGGCAACGCCCUCUAUCCCAAUGGAGUAUUGUGCCAGAUACAACACUGGUCUCAAGUUUGACCCAUUUGUCAGCGACUUCCAGAGCAUGGGUCGUUGCAGAAUAAACUGCACGGAUCUGAACUUUGCUUUCGCAAUUCUGCUCGAGAAAAAGUGCUGGUGCUCAAGCACCGUCCCUAACAAGGCCGAUCAGAACGACAUCUCGGACUGCAGUUUUCCAUGCCCGGGCUAUCCCGACGAUAUUUGCGGUGGAAAGGGUCCUGUUUAUGGGUAUCUUGAGAUUGCCCAGUUCAAGCCUACAGCAACAGCGCCGCCAGCCCCAUUUUCCACCACCCGACAGCCGUCCAAAACAGCAUCCCCUGAUCAAGUCGUCACGUCGGAACCGGGCGGCGCAGUGGAGACGGUAACCGUUGGAGGCGUCGUCAAAACUGUGACGGCGGCCUUUCCCCAAGCCACCGGCGGGACGGUGCCAAGUUCUAGCAGUGGCCUGCAGGCCGGAGCCGUUGCCGGCAUUGCCGUAGGCAUCAUCGGUGGCUUGUCGGUUCUUGGACUGUUCGUCUGGCUCUUGUGGAAGAAGAGGAGACAAGAAGAGCAGCAGGGAUUUAUCUCACCCAUGAGAGGUGGUAGUGCUUCGGGCAUGGGCUCUAUGGGGUCAAAAGCCCCUCAAGUGACGGAGCAGCCAUUAACAUGGGAGGCCAAACGUCGAAGCCAGCUCAUGCCCAUUGACCCGCGACUCGAUCCGUUCUACGUACGCGAUCCGAACCGAAGCCGCGACAGCGUCAACUCCCUACAAGACAACCACGACUAUUCCAGACGACUUGAUGCGCCACGAGUGCUGAGAGCCACCAAUCCAGACCCCGAUUAUUAGACUGGGGUUUUUUCUCGAUCAAUUCUUUCGUUUUGCAAUUUUCUGGGUUGGAAAAUAGGGGUCGGCGGGCUGGGCUGGGUUUUCAUGACGUACACGAACGAAUCCCGACUAUCUUUUUUCUCUGGGGCAUUUUCCGCGACGAGUUUUCGUUUUCUUCAUUACUGCAUUUGCAUUCCACGAUACCAAUGGCGUUUUCGGGCUGGGUGGAUACACUAGGAGAUAAGGGAAGGGGGACACUUCCGUUGCAAUCGCUACUGCUUGCCUGGUGGUUGUUUGAGUUGGGUUGGGAGGCAAGAUAAAGUUAUGUGUGCGGUCAAGAAAAGAUAGGUUUUCUUUUUGGGCUGGAAACAAAAGGCACAGUAUGAAUGGGGGGUUCUUUCCGUUCUGGGUGACAGCUGUGGUGAUGGAUUUAAUAGGGGAUGGUUAGGGCAUGAAUCGACUGACUGGCAUGAAGCGAUUCUGGAAAAGACUGAUAUGGCAAAAGGGUGGGUGAACACAUGAAGUUGGCCAAGUGCUGGUCAACGGAUGGUUUAUUUGUACAUAUUUACAUUGACAUUGUCGAGGCUGCCGUCACCCACGAUCUGAAGACCACAAGCACAUAUUUUAUGUCUAAAGUU